CACAGUCCCCUAGCUGAGAAGCUGAGCUCAGGACUCCGGUCCUGAAUCUGGAGAAACUUGUGGGAAAGUUAUCUUUAGAGGAAGGACUGGCCAGUCCCGAGUCACCCUUUCUCAACUUGCCACCCUCCCCAUCCAGGGGCCAGAGGGAGCUAUGGCAGUAGUGAAGGCAUGGGUGGUCUCCCUCCUGAUCCUGGAGGUUACCUUCGAACUGGCAUCCGCCGCAGGUCCCGGGAUGAGGCAGACGAUGCUUUCCCAGUCUGUUCGGAGAGUGCAGCCGGGGAAGAGGAACCUCAACAAUUUGGCCAGGCCUGCUGACCCCGAAGACAGUCCUGGGGAGUGGACAACAUGGUUCAACAUUGACCACCCUGGUGGACAGGGUGACUAUGAGCGGCUGGACGCCAUCCGCUUUUACUAUGGAGAUCGGGUGUGCUCAAGGCCUCUGCACCUUGAGGCCCGGACCACUGACUGGGUACCUGCAGCUGGAACUGGCCAGAGGGUUCACAGCAGCCCUCAUGAAGGCUUCUGGUGCAUAAACAAGGAGCAGCUGCCAGGCAAGAACUGUUCCAACUACACAGUCAGAUUCUUCUGCCCCCCAGGAUCUUUACGCCGAGACAAUGAGAGAAUCUGGACUCCUUGGUCUCAGUGGAGUGACUGCUCAGCCUCCUGUGGUCACACUGGUGUCCAAACCCGCACUCGGAGUUGUAUGUUAGAGACGUCCUGGCUCUGCAACGAAGCCACAGAAGAGGGUCGGCUCUGUGUGAGCCCGGCUUGUGCAGCCUGUGACAUGUCGUGCACCAUGGGCCAGGUGAAUGCUGACUGUGAUGCCUGCAUGUGUGAGGAUUUUGUACUGCAUGGGGCCAUUUCUCUGCCUGGGGGAGGUCCCGCCACAGGAGCCACUGUCCAUUUGCUGACCAAGACGGUAAAGCCCCUGACUCGGACUGACAGCAAUGGGAGGUUUCGAAUCCCUGGUUUGUGUCCUGAUGGCAAAACUGUUCUGAAAAUCACCAAAGCCAAGUUCGCACCCAUUGUCCUGACGAUGCCCAAGACCAACAAGAGGAUGGCCACGGUUCGUGCUGAGUUUGCAAGAGCAGAGCUUCCUUACAUUGUGAAGAAUCCAGAGACUAAGGCAAGGAAAACUGGACAGAGCGUGUCUUUCUGCUGUAAGGCCAUAGGGAAGCCCAGCCCAGAGAAGUAUUUCUGGUACCACAAUAAUAAGCUGCUGGAUCCUUCAUUGUAUAAGUAUGAGAGCAACCUGAUACUGAAAAAUCUGCAGAAGGAGCAGGCUGGGGAAUAUUUCUGCAAGGCCCAAAGUGAUGCGGGAGCUGUGAAGUCACAAAUUGCUCGGCUAUCUAUUAUAGCGCCAAAUGAGCCUCCUUGCAACCCGGUACCUGAGAGUUACUUAAUCCAACUGCCUCAUGAUUGCUUCCAGAACACCACCAACUCCUUCUACUAUGAUGUGGGGAGAUGCCCGAUCAAGACGUGUGCUGGGCAGCAUGAUAAUGGGCUCAGAUGCAGAGAUGCUACAGAAAGCUGUUGUGGAACGUCUAGGAUGGAAGAGAGGGAGAUCAAGUGUAGUGGGUACACACUCCCUACCAAGGUAGCCACAGAGUGCAGCUGCCAAAAGUGUACAGAGACAAGGAGCAUAGUCAGGGGCCGGGUCAGUGCGGCAGAUAAUGGGGAGCCCAUGAGGUUUGGUCACAUUUACAUGGGGAACCACAGAGUUAGCAUGACUGGCUACAAGGGGACCUUCACCCUCCAUGUGCCCCAGGACACUGAGAGGCUGGUACUCACCUUCGUAGACAGGCUACAGAAGUUUGUGAAUACCACCAAAGUGCUUCCAUUCAAUAAGAAAGGCAGUGCAGUAUUCCAUGAGAUUAAAAUGCUCAGGAAGAAAGCACCAGUUACCUUGGAGUCCACGGAGACCAACAUCAUCCCACUGGGGGAGGUGGAUGGAGAAGAUCCCAUGGCAGAGCUAGAAAUCCCUUCCAACAGUUUCUACAGGCAGAAUGGGGAUCUCUACAGGGGCAAAGUCAAGGCCAGCGUGACUUUCCUGGACCCGAGAAACAUUUCCACAGCCACAGCCACCCAAAGUGACUUGAAUUUCAUCAACAAUGAAGGAGACACAUUCCCGCUCCGGACAUAUGGCAUGUUCUCCGUAGAUUUCACAGAUGAAGCUGCCACCGAAUCACUUAAUGCAGGCAAAGUGAAGGUACAUCUUGACUCUGCUCAGGUCAAGAUGCCCGAGCAUGUGCCUACGAUGAAACUAUGGUCACUGAACCCUGACACAGGGCUGUGGGAGGAGGAAGGAGAUUUCAAGUUUGAGAACAAGAGGAGAAACAAAAGGGAGGAAAGAACUUUCCUGGUGGGAAAUAUGGAGAUCCGUGAGAGGAGACUCUUCAAUCUCGAUGUUCCUGAGAGCAGGAGGUGCUACAUCAAGGUGAGGGCUUACCGAAGUGAGAGGUUCCUUCCCAGUGAGCAGGUCCAAGGGGUUGUGAUCUCUGUAAUCAAUCUGGAGCCAAAAAGUGGCUUCUCAUCCAAUCCCAGAGCCUGGGGCCGCUUUGACAGUGUCAUCACAGGUCCCAAUGGUGCCUGUUUGCCGGCAUUCUGUGAUGAUCAGUCCCCAGAUGCCUAUUCUGCCUAUGUUUUGGCAAGCCUGGGUGGAGAAGAGCUGGAAGCUGUGGAGUCUUCACCCAAAUUCAACCCCAAUGCCAUUGGAGUACCCCAGCCCUAUCUCAACAAACUCAAGUAUAGAAGGACAGACCAUGAUGAUCCCAAAGUCAAGAAAACUGCCUUCCAGAUCAACAUGGCCAAACCAAGACCAAAUACAGCUGAGGAGAGCAAUGGUCCUAUCUAUGCCUUUGAGAACCUCCGGGAGUGUGAAGAGGCCCCAUACAGUGCACCCCAUUUCAGGUUCUAUAGGGUAGAGGGAGAUAGGUAUGACUAUAACACUGUCCCCUUCAAUGAAGAUGACCCUAUGAGUUGGACAGAGGACUACCUGGCAUGGUGGCCCAAGCCUAUGGAGUUCCGGGCAUGCUAUAUCAAAGUUAAGAUUGUGGGGCCUCUGGAGGUAAAUGUGAGAUCACGAAACAUGGGUGGCACACAUCGGCAGACAGUGGGGAGACUCUAUGGCAUCCGGGAUGUGAGGAGCACCCGAGACAGGGAUCAACCCAAUGUCUCAUCUGCCUGUCUAGAAUUCAAAUGUAGUGGGAUGCUUUAUGACCAGGACCGGGUAGAUCGCACACUGGUCAAGAUUAUCCCCCAGGGCAGCUGUCACCGGGCCAGUGUGAACAGCAUGCUACAUGAAUACCUGGUCAACCACCUCCCCUUAGCAGUUAACAAUGAUACCAGUGAGUACACCAUGCUGGCACCAUUAGACCCGCUUGGGCACAAUUAUGGCAUCUACACUGUCACAGACCAGGACCCCCGGACAGCUAAGGAGAUAGCCCUAGGCAGGUGUUUUGAUGGCACAUCUGAUGGUUCCUCCCGAGUCAUGAAGAGCAAUGUGGGGGUCGCUCUCACAUUUAACUGUGUGGAGAGGCAGGUAGGGCGGCAAAGUGCUUUUCAGUACCUCCAAAGCCCCCCAGCUCGGGCCACUGCAGGCUCCCUCAGAGGAAGAGUGGUUGGGCGGAGGCAGGAGAGGGAGAGUCAGUCUGGACAGAGGCGUCCAGGAGGGGCAGUCUCUCUGAGGUUUCCUGGAAGGGCUCAACAACAACAACCACUCAACAACUAGACCCUAUGGUGUUUCUUUUAUUAUGGAAUAUCUUGUGGAAACUUAGUACAAACUGCUACCAAGUUAAUUUAAGUAUAUACGUCCCAGUACAAUUUGCUGUGUGUUCCAGAUGUUGUUGCUGUCUUUGCCCCAUGCUAGCUACAAUUUAUUCAGAAAGGCUAUUGCAAGGAAAGUCCCUUUGUAGGCCCCGCCACACACACACACACACACACACACACACACACACAUACACACACUCCCUGAUAAAACUCUGGGGCUGGGAAGAAAGAGCUUGGAGCCUCCUUCAUCAAGUGUGAUUGAUGUGAAUCCCCUAUGGUCCGGCCAUCUCUAAGAUAAUGGCAGAUUAAAUGAUUAACAGUAAGAUAUGUGACUGUGCCCUUGAUCAGUGGGAAUGAGUGAAUCAAGCAAAGUUCAUACAAAUGAUAACAAGGCAGAAGAAAAAAACCACAAGAUUUUGUACUUGAAGUGUAAAUAACUUAUUUAUUUCUUUGCUAGAUUUAGAGUGAUUUGUAUGUAUUCGAGGCUGAGCUGUUGAAUUGUGAGCUCUAAUUACAGGUCCUAUACUGUAGUUGUGGAAGAUGACUAUCUUGAUUCCAUAAAUGCUUUUUUGUUAAGAGGGAUAACUUCACUCGCUACUCUGCUUUUAUUCAAGCUAAAAUGCCAGUGCAGUUGAGGGCAGAUUUAAAUAAAGAGGUAUUUUUCACUUUGA